AUGGGAUCACAAAGAGAGAACAGUCUGGAGGUCCAUCUGCUGGGACCACGCAGGCUCCUGACCUCCAUCCUGUUGGCCACGGCUCUGGUCCUCCCCGCUCUGAGCCUGGACAGCCUGCUGUGUCUCUACUGUCCUCUGCAGCACAAAGGCAAGUCCUGCCCCGAGAUCACCAGCCAGUGUCUGCCUGGUCAGCGCUGCUCCAGCUCCGGAGGCCACUACGGCUCCCUCCGCAUUCUGUCUGCUCAGGGCUGCUUGGACACUAAACUCUGUGGCUCCCAUGAGAUCACCUCUUAUCGGGGGGUCAAGUACAAUGUCAGCCACGCCUGCUGCUGCAAAGACAAAUGUAACGGCCGGCCGAAGUCUGACGCCAACCCGAAGAUGCUAAUGGGGAUCAAAAUAGAUUAUACUAACACCACUAAUGUUCUCGGAGAGGAGCUUUGGGAUUCAUGUGCAAAUUACACAUCAGGGAGCUCCACAUGA